UACGCGCAUGCGUGGACCGAUGCGGUGAUAAAGCAAGAUGGCGUCUGACGGAGAAGUCCUAAACGCGGGCAUUAUAUUUCUGUAUUCUUACAUAUAUGUUGUUUAAUAGAGUACACACGGUUAAUAAUUGUUUGUAGCCGGAUACAUUAGUCUGAGUGCACUUUGACACGUCUCCUGUUUGCUAGCUUCACUUAUGUUAGCUUGCAGCUAGUAUAGCUGGCUAGUUAGCUUAGCUUGUUAGCUGCUAACAAAGAGACACGGAAGUUAUUUAAACAUCGCUAAGUAGGGAACUAAUGUGAGUGUAAAGUGUUGUGAUUGUGUGAAAAUGUGUGAAAGAACGAUGACAAAGUAUGAGGAGGAACUUUGUCCAACAAAAGAGGAGGACGAGCGACAACAUCAACUACAGGAUGUUUAUUAUAAGAAACAUCAAGUUGUGUUACACAGAACAGACGUCUGUGAAGAACAACUUCUGCCUGAAAAACAUAAGUGUAGCUUCAGGAUGGUGAAGGAGGAUCCAUCAAAGAGGAAGACCAGGCACCAUGGACCCUCUGGCGUAUCCUUUUCCUCUUUGACACAGACCCUUCCCUGUAAAAAGGAAGGGGAAGACUCACUGACCCCCCACUUUAAAGAGGAAGAGGAGGAACACCGCAUCAGUCAGGAGGGAGAUCAUCUUGAAGGACUGGUGGAGAUCCCAGUGACUGGUGUCCCUGUGAAGAGUGAAAAUGAUGUGGUCAAAGGUGAAAGUGAGGAGAGGGGAGGGGGGGAGCUUUCAUGCAGCAGCUCAACACAACACAUGACAACAGAAGCUGAUGGAGACCACUGUGGAGGAUCACAAGCAGACACGCUCUUAGCUCCACUAUCAGAUAGUGAGGACACAACGUCACACUCUCCUGACACUGAUGAUGAAGACUCUAAAGAUGAUAAGACAUGUCACACUGACAACACUCACUUGAAAUGUUCUCACUGUGACAAAACCUUUAAAUACCAUUGUCGUCUGAAAACACACAUGAUAACACACACUGGAGAAAAAACUUUUUCCUGUUCAACCUGUGGAAGAGGUUUUACACGAAGUCAGAGUUUAAAAUUACACAGGAUAAUACACACUGAAGAAAAACCUUUUAUAUGUUUAAUCUGUAGUAAAGCUUUUGUUGUAAGUAACCAUAUGAAAGUGCACAUGAGAACACACACUGGUGAAAAACUUUUUAUCUGUUCAAUCUGUGGUAAAGGUUUUGUUCGAAGUCACAAUUUGAAAGUGCACAUGAGAACACACACUGGUGAAAAUACGGUUUCCUGUUCAAUCUGUGGUAAAGGUUUUACACAAAGUCAGAAUUUGAAAGUACACAUGAGAACACACACUGGUGAAAAACCUUUUUCCUGUUCAAUUUGUGGUAAAGGUUUUACACAUUAUCAACAUUUGAAAGUACACACGAGAACGCACACUGGCGAAAAAACUUUUUCCUGUUCAAUCUGUGGUAAAGGUUUUACAGAAAGUCAACAUUUGAAAAGACACACUAGAACACACACUGGUGAAAAAUCGCAUUCCUGUUCAAUCUGCAACAGAAGCUUUUGUGAACGAUCAACACUAGUAAGACACAUGAAAACACACCCAGGAGAGAAAGUGUUGAGUUGCAGUGUGUGUGGUGAAAGAUUCUCUUAUAAGUACCAGUGCGAGAAACACAAGUGUGCUGGUGAGAACAGCAGCAGCAAAUGAAACUGCAGGAUUUGAAAUAAACUGUCCAGAUUUUAAUUUUGACUUUCUAACAACAUCAGCAAAUAUAACAUGUGUGACUCCAUCCAUCCACCUUCUUCCGCUUAUCCGAGGUUGGGUCGCGGGGGCAGCAACCUAAGCAGGGAAGCCCAGACUUCCCUUUCCCCAGCCACUUCUUCUAGUUCUUCCCGGGGGAUCCCGAGACGUUCCCAGGCCAGCUGGGAGACAUAGUCUUCCCAACGUGUCCUGAGUCUUCUUUCGUGGCCCCUUACCGGUUGAACGUGCCCUAAACACCUCCCUAGGGAGGCGUUCGGGUGGCAUCCUGACCAGAUGCACGAGGCACCUCAUCUGGCUCCUCUUGAUGUGGACGAGCAGCGGUUUUACUUUGAGCUCCUCUCGGAUGACAGAGCUUCUCACCCUAUCUUUAAGGGAGAGCCCCGCCACCCGGCGGAGGAAACUCAUUUGGGCCGCUUGUACCCGUGAUCUUAUCCUUUCGGUCAUGACUCAAAGCUCAUGACCAUAGGUGAGGUUGGGAACGUAGAUCGACCGGUAGAUUGAGAGCGUUCUUCCUUCCGGCUCAGCUCCUUCUUCACCACAAUGGAUCGGUACAACGUCCGCAUUACUGUAGACGCCGCACCGAUCCGCCUGUCGAUCUCACGAUUCCCUCUUACCUCACUCGUGAACAAGACACCUAGGUACUUAAGCUCCUCCACUUGGGGCAGGGUCUCCUCCCCAACCCGUGACACGUUUAUGCUUUUUUCAGUCAAGUACAUGCAUUAAUAUGCAACAUUGUGUACUUUUAUUAAAAACUAAACAGAACAAUUUGACUGAAAAGGUGAGAGUUAACAGUACAAGACAUUUAAAAAAAAAAACAUUGUAUGUGUGUAUAUAUUCAUCAUACAAUUUUAGACUUACUUAUAAUAGUGGGGUUUUUUUUUAUAGGUGUUUGAAAUAUUGAAGUAUUACAUUUUUUUUUCUUCUAAUGGUUAAUGAUCCCAUAGAUUAGCACCUUUAUGUGAUAUACAUACUGUAUGUACUGGUUCACAUUUGAAACAUCUUCUGGACCACUUCGGGAAGCAUAUUAUUAUUAUUUACUUUAUACAUCAUUUGAACAGUUGUCUUUUAUACAAAUUUAAAAUGUGUAUCUUUAUGAAUUAUUUGUUGGGUCUUUAUAGUCCAUUUUAUUAUUUAUCUUUAUUACUCUCUUUUGUAAUAUGAUGAUUGUGUUGUGAUUGUUUUAUAUGUAUGUCCCCAGACCUUUAUGCAGUAUAAAAGUGAAAGAAAAUGACUUGUUUGUGGAAGAAUGGUUUUGUUAUUACAAAGUUACAUUUGUGAAUAAAACAAACAUUUCCAUUAUUGUGUUUUAAA